GGACUCGACAGCGUGACCUCAAAAUAUUGUAUAACAUUGUUAAAGCAAUUGGCAAAGUCGGGGCAAACAGUGGUUUGUUCCAUUCAUCAGCCGAGCGCUUCGCUCUUGAACAUGAUCGAUCACCUUUACGUGGUGGCAGACGGGAAUUGUGUGUACAGCGGUAGCACGCAGAAUUUAGUGCCUUAUUUGAGCAGUCUCGGUUUGCAAUGUCCAACGCAUUACAAUCCAGCAGACUAUCUGAUGGAAAUCUGUAAUGGAGAUUACGGCAAAUACUUGCCGGAGAUGGUGAGUGCCAUCGAGAAUGGCAAAAAUAAUGCAUGGAGGUCAACCAGUAAUGUAACUAACGUCAAUCAUCAAGAGGAAGUGAUCGCUUUGAAUGUGACAGCUUCGUUCCAAGCACUUCGGCAACGAUCUCCGUUGGAAAUACAGCACGUUCGCAGUAGGCACAAAGGAUCUGCCGAAUAUGCCACUGGUUUUUGGAAACAACUAGUCAUUUUGCUUAAAAGAAAUGCUAUUAGACUCUCCAGAGAUAAGGUAUUAACAUUUACACGACUCUCGAUGCAUUUUAUAAUUGCCAUAGUCGUUGGCAUGAUCUACUUCAAAGUCGGCCAGGAUGCUGUCUACGUACUGGACAACUUUAAUCUUCUCUUUUUCAACAUCAUGUUUCUUAUGUUUAUUAAUCAAACGAUUGAUAUAACUGUUUGCUAUAUUACAGUUCCCUCGGAGUUGCCGAUCAUCAUGCGGGAACAUUUCAAUCGCUGGUACAAGUUACACUCUUUUUACUUGGCUAACAAAAUAGCCGACUUUCCUAUUCAAUUCAUAGCCAUUUGCUUGUACAUUCUCAUCGUGUAUUAUAUGAGUGAUCAACUGCUAGAACUUCAACGAUUUUGUCUUUACACGCUGAUGUGUUUUGCCGUUAGUAUGGUUGCUCAAACGUUUGGCCUCUUAAUUGGAACAGGAAUGAAAGUACAGCAUGGCAUGAUCUUUGGACCACUCACGAUUCUUCCGUUUUUGAUAUUUAGUGGAUUCUUUGUUCAAUUCAGAGAUGCUCAUCCGUACUUGCGAUGGUUAUUCCAUUUAUCAUUUCUCAAAUAUGGUUUCGAGGGUGUAAUGAUCGCUAUUUAUGGAUAUGACAGACCAAAGCUUUUUUGUUCAGAUGUUUAUUGCCACUUUGCUAUACCAGAGACACUGUUAAAUGCUGUAGACAUGAAACAGGCUAAUUAUUGGUUCUGUUUGAUUGUAUUGGCCGCGUUGUACGUCAUGCUGGAUAUUGGAACAUUCACAUUAUUAAAAUACAAAUUAGAAAAACGCAUA